AUGGUCUGGGGAUGUGUAAGUGGACUCAAUUUAAGUCAUUUAGUUCCCAGCCCACCACGUAUGAAUGAUGAAAAGUAUGGGAACAUUAUAUCAGAUGUAAUUUACCCAAUGGUUAUGAUUGCAGAAGAGGCAAUAUUUCAAGAGGAGAAUGCACCAAUUCACAAGAGCAAACCUGUAAAAGAACUUAAAGAUGAUCUUGGAAUUAACCGAGACCCACAGACAGAAGCUGACUUGGAGGAAGCCGUAUUUUCCGCAUGGAAUACUAUUACAUUUGAGAAAAUUCUUCACUUUAUAGACUCGGUACCGGAACGUAUUAAUGAAGGAAUAGAAAAAAAAUGGACAUGCAACUCUACGUAG